UUAUAAAGAACAUCAGCUGCAUCCAGACUCAGAAUCCUACUCUCUCUCAGACUCAUUCAUCUCUCUGCAGAGGACCACCAUCAUGACUCCAACUUUCCUCUUCCUCCUCAUCCUCUCACUGACGGAUGUUUCUCUGAGUGCACCGAUUGACAGUGAAGAUCAAACAGGCCAAUCGAUGGACAUCUCUGAAAUCAUCCUAAGACCCCAAACUGACCCAAAGACACCUGUGGUGCAGGAUGACAUUGCUUUGCCGGAUACUUCCAGCAGGAACGCAGACCCAUGCUACGUGCCUUACUUAAUCUCUACUAACUACAAUUCUGAAGAGAGCAACAUCAUCAUUAGAGGCCUGGAGAGCUUCAGUCAGUCCACCUGCAUUCGCUUUGUCCCGUGGAAACCAGAUGAUCUUCAUUACCUCUACUUUGAAGCUAAAACUGGGUGUUGGUCCUAUGUUGGCCGUCAAAAUGCCGGACAGUUUAUCUCACUGGAAAAACCGGGCUGUUUGUUCCACGCCACAGUGCAGCAUGAGGUUCUUCACGCUCUGGGCUUCCAACAUGAGCAGGAACGCUCCGACAGAGACGAAUAUAUCAAGAUUCUCUUCGAGAACAUUGAACCAGAAUUUAAAUUUGCCUUUGAAAAAGUGGAGACAAACAACUUGAUGACUCCUUACGACUUCAACUCUGUCAUGCAAUACUACAAGUACGCCUUCUCCAAAAAUGGGAUGCCAACCAUUGUCGCCAAGUGUGAUCCGAAUCUUGACUUUGGACACGCCGAGCAAAUGAGCAAGAACGACAUUAUUCGUGUCAACAGGCUCUAUAACUGCUGCUCAAAGAAAACACCCUGUACAAUUUCCAACUGAAUCACUU